UUGAUUUUCCAUUCAGACAAAGUCUUAAUAUUUCUAACUUCCCUAUAUGCCUCUUUUUAAUUUCCUUGGCCACAAAUUAAAGUACAACGUUACUGAUAUUAUCUUGAAAGUUGGGUUUUCCCUCUGUAUACCUCUCCUCUGCUAGUUAUAGGUGCAAGAAAGAUGAUGGAGGGAAAAGUUGAGGCAAUAUCCAAGGAGCUACACGAUAAUAAUGGAAUUCAUUGUGAAACAAAAUUGGGGCAGGAAGGAGAAUCAGUAACACAAGAGAUCAUCCAAGUACAUUGCGAUGACAAAAUCAGUGAAGAAGAGAAGAAGAAGAUUUCUCUCGUGAGAGCUCUAGUAGAGAAGCAAGAUCCUUCUUCCAAGGAAGUAGAUGAUUUUGCGAUAAGAAGGUUUCUUCGAGCAAGGGAUCUGGAUGUGGACAAAGCUUCAAGAAUGCUCUUGAAAUACCUAAAAUGGAAGAAAAGCUUUGUGCCAAAUGGGUUCAUUUCACCCAGUGAGAUUCCAAAUGAGAUAGCACAAAACAAAAUGUUCAUGCAAGGAGUGGACAAAUUAGGACGCCCAAUUGCUGUCGUUUUUGGUGGCAGACAUAUGCAGAACAAAAUAGGAGGCUUUGACGAGUUCAAACGAUUUGUGGUCUUGGUUUUAGACAAACUAUGUUCAAGGACCUCACCAGGAAGGGAAAAGUUUGUUGCAAUUGCGGAUAUCAAAGGUUUUGGGUAUGCCAACAGCGACGCUCGUGCAUACAUUGGGGCACUAUCCAUUUUACAGGAUUGCUACCCUGAAAGACUUGGAAAACUGAUUGUGGUUAAUGUUCCUCACCUAUUCUGGGCAAUGUGGAAGAUUGUGUAUCCUUUUAUUGAUAACAAAACCAAGAAGAAGAUCAUAUUCGUUGAAAACAAACGACUCACAACAACUCUACUUCAAGACAUUGAUGAAAGCCAGCUACCAGAGAUUUAUGGAGGCAAAAUGCCAUUAGUUCCUAUUCAUGAAGCCUAAGCAAGUAGUUACUAUUAUUCAGAGCUCCUUUUUGAGGUAAAGCUCUCGAGAAGACGAAAAUGUUUGUACAUUGUGAUUAUACAUUUGUAUACACUAUGCAUUCAUAAACAUA